CUUUUCGCGCGGUUUACAAAACUCAAGUGGUUGGGUUUCAGAAAAAUUGCGACAAAUCGCUAUAGGAGCGGCAGCGAGGAUCGAGCAAGAGCUGGGAGGGGGAGCCGCAGUUUCCGGCUGGGGCCAAACGUGCGCGCCAUACUUGAAUCGUCCUCGUCCAGCCCGAGCCGAGAGGAAACCUUCGCGUCCUCUCUGCUAUUCUGCAUACUUCUAUCCACACACAUUCACACAACAACAGUCCUUAGUCACAAUGGUUGGUUUCCUGCGCAAGAAAAAGUCAGACCGCGCUGUGCUCUCGGGUGACACGGUGCUGGAUCGUAAGGGAAAGGUGGAUGGAGCUAGUCUCCUGGACGGCGACGGAGAGCCCACGGAGGGCUCGCUUUACGCCAUGAAUGGCAAGCGCGUGACCCACAACCAGCGUAACUCGGACGAGGAGAACCGCCCCAACCCCAUGAACAACGCCGGCUACCCUCCCGUCAUGGCAACUGGCAUGUACCCCCCGCAACACUCUGGUUAUGGCCAGCAGCAGCAGCAGCAGCCUGGCGCCUACGGAUACGGUAACAACCAGCCACAGCAGUACGGACAGCCUCAGCAACAAUAUGGACAACCCCAGCAGCAGUACGGGCAGCAGUAUGGACAGCCUCAGCAGCAAUACGGGCAGCCCCAGCAGCAGUAUGGACAGCAGCAGCAGUAUGGUCAACCUAACAGUGGAUUUGGCCAGCAGCAGUACCCCCCUACGACACUUGGCGGUCAGUACCAGUACCCUGUGCGAUACGGCCAGAUGCCCCCUCCGAUGCCUGCAGCAGCACCCAAGAAAUCUCGGUUCCGUAUCCCUGGCAUGGGCAAAAAGAACUAAAAAGACUGGACGAUGGAAGUUGCUUGCGAACUCGCGGAGAUCGGAAAAGGACAAGCGGGCGGGCGGUGGUUCAAGUAUUGUGGUCUUUUUUGCGAGUAAAGCCUCGAGGUGUAUUCUGUUAUGUGCAGGGCGGGGGAGACCUGGAUCCGUCCGCUUGGACCGAGUAGCGACAGCUUCCCGACUUUUCUAGCUGUAGCCUAACCUUCCUCUUUUCUUUUUUCAUUGCUAAAUAAAUUAAGGACUUGUCAUGUCCAUUUAUGCGGGUGUGCUCUCCAUUCAACAGGU